CGGGAGAAGACCCCCGGGGGCCAGGUGAGGAAGGGGGCACCCAGCAGCUGCGUGGGAGGGUGCGCUCACCCUCCCGCCGCUCUCCCCGCAGGAUGGACUUCCGAACCCCCGACCUGCUGGACGUGUGGCUGGAGCCCCCAGAAGAGGUCUCAGCAGGAGCCUUCCUGGAGCUGGGACUCCCCUGCCCUGCCCCAGAGGUCCCAGGGCCUAAGCUCCGAGAGCAGGGGCCUGGAGGCUGGGAGCCCAGCGGGGGACGGGGCUGUGGCCUCCAGGAGAGUGAGCCCGAAGACUUCCUGCAGCGGUUCAUUGAUCCCAAUGAAGUGUACUGCUCAGAGGCCUCUCGUGGCAGUGACCGUGCCAUCUCCGAGGACCCUGGCCUCGCAGACAGUUCCCCUGCUCUCUGUGAGGUCGUCUAUGAGGCAGGGGGCCUGGAGAGGCCGCAGGGGGAAGCUGGGCCGGCUGUAGGGCUCACCUCUCUCCAGCUAGGUCCACGGAGCCCACCACGGACGGUGCCUGCUGCCUGCACGGUCGGCGAGCUGCCCCUGGCUGCUCACGCGCACACACCACCCAGCGUGGGCGCUGUAAACCCAGUGGCCCCCGCGACCCUGCCCCAGGAGGCCCCUUUGGCUUGGUCCAGGGACUGUCUGGAUGAAGUUCCUUCCCUCACCUCAUUUCAUGGUUACUUAUUCCUUAGUACAAAUGGGAAACUCUCCAGGUGUGCAGGGGGCAUGGCCCUGGGUGAUGGGAAAGGGAAGUCCCUCUCCCCGUCAUUGAUUUUCUCUUUUCUCCACCAGCUGCCCUGUCAAACGUUGUUCCUGACAGAGGAGGAGAAGCGUCUGCUGGGACAGGAAGGGGUUUCCCUGCCCUCUUACCUGCCCCUCACUAAGGCGGAGGAGAGGGCCCUCAAGAAGGUCAGGAGGAAGAUCCGUAACAAGCAGUCGGCGCAGGACAGUCGGCGACGGAAGAAAGAGUACAUCGACGGGCUAGAGAGCAGGGCAGCUGCCUGUUCUGCACAGAACCAGGAACUACAGAAGAAAGUCCGGGAGCUGGAGAGGCACAAUAUCGCUCUGGAAGCUCAGCUCCACCGGCUGCAGAUGCUCGCUGCCCAGACCUCUAACAAAGCUGCCCAGACUGGCACUUGUGUUCUGAUUCUUCUUUUUUCUCUGGCCCUCAUCAUCCUGCCCAGUGUCAGCCCCUUGCAGGGUCUCCGGGAAGCUGGCACCGAUGACCACCAGCCGCAGGGAGUGAUUUCCAGAAAUAUCCUGACUCACAAGGACAUGACAGAAAGCUUGGGGACCACAGCGGUAGAGCCUGGAAAGGAGGGGCCACCUAGGGCCAAGGGUGUCAAUGGCUCAACAAGGAACCUGCUGAAGAGGGGAGGGAAGACAGGCCCCAGUGGGCAUGUCAGAACUGUCCUGCAUGCAGAUGAAAUGUGAGCUGGAACAUUUCCCAGGCCACUUCCAACCGCAGUAAGGAAUCCGGGAUCCCCGAUGGCUCUUUCCCCUGGGAUUCCCAUUCGGAGUUCUUUGGCUUCGGGGUCUGAAUCAUUUCAGGACAUCCUAAGUAUCUGUACCCUGAGGCCCAGGCUAUGUGAUGAGGCAUUUCAGAUACUUUUGUUAUACAUCUACAAUUUUAUUUUUUCUUUGGGUAAGGGUUGGGGGGAAACAGAGGUUUUGGCUGAGAAAUAAAACUUUUUUGCUGAAA